GACAUUCAAGGCCGACGGAACACACGUUUACUCCAGUUGAAAACAUCCGGCAGUCUGCACGUGUGGAUUUAUUCCUAAAAUGUUGGAUGUUCUACAGUAUAAGCUAUAUGUGUCAAGAGGAAAAGCAGCAUAUGUAUUAUAGCCUGCAGUUUAUUAAAAGGCUCAACCUGCAAGCUUAAUCGUUAGCUUCAUCGCUAUCAAACCAUUUAGCUACAGACUCAUCACCAUGGCUGGAAGAGGCAGGGGUCGUGGAAGGGGUCAGAUGACCUUCAACCUGGAGGAUUUGGGCAUAGGAAGGGGAGACAGCCUGCCCCCCACCACCUUUAAGCCCUCACCCCUCUUCCCUCCCAUGCCAGUCCAGCCUGUGCCCCUGCAGACAGGAGAGGAGGUGGAGUACAUGCUGGCUCUGAAACAGGAGCUGAGGGCCGCCAACAAGACCCUGCCCUUCUACAUCAGACGGGCCGCUCCCAAAAGAGAUGUUGAUCGCUACUCUGAUAAGUACCAGAGUGGAGAUCCCAAGGACAGUGCCAUCGAGUGGAGCCCAGUGUUGGUAUAUGUCCAGCAGAUGGUGCCAGACAAGUCCAUUUCUGACUGGAGCAGAUUACCUAAAGAGCUUUGCAUUAAAGUGAGGAAGCCUCUGGCUAAAAGACAUCCACCCCAAGUUAAACAGCCAAAGAAACCUCUUGUGGGAAAAGAGGAGAUUCUCACCAAGCUGGAGACUCUCGAAAAGAACGAAGAGGCGGUGAACUCUGAGGAAGAGGAAGACGGGGAGAAAAAGAAGACGAACGAGGAAGAAGAACAGCCAGAGGAAGAGGACUACGAGGAAGACUUUGAAGAGGAUACCGACUACAUCAUGUCUUACUUUGACAACGGAGAGGAGUUUGGAGGGGACAGCGACGACAACAUGGACGAAGCUACUUACUGAGAGACCGUGCGAGUGCUGAUAACACCAAAUAGACUAGAAGAGGAGGCCUUAAGUAAUCGUCCCCGUGGACGCAGUUACAGUAUUUUAAUUACUUGUGGAGUCACUGGCCAUGGUAACAGACAUUGAAGGCCUGCUGCUAUUCAGCCAUGACAGGUAUAGUCUAGAACAUGGAAAGAACAAUAUGCUGCUGUCUGAUAACCUAGGUCCAGGACAUGGAAGGUGGUGACUGCUGUUGGAAACAGUUGCUCAAUGUAGAUGUCUAGAGCAAAUACUCAGACUUGUUGUAUGUGGUGAUUUAAAGUCCCAAAGACACUAACUAGUCAUGCUGACUGUUCCCCUUUCUUCAGCUAUGUUGAGGUAGUAAUGGGAGCUGAUUUAUUUACAGGCCAUUGUGGCCUUUUAAUAACUUUAAUAAUAGUUUUUAAGGUUUUAAUUAACAGAUCAUGUGCAAUUGUAGUGAUAGGGUUUUUAGAGUAACGACAUGUUUUAGAGAAAGGUAAUUUAUUUAAUCUUUUUUUUUUUAAGUGUAUACAACAAUCAAAGUUUUUAAUUACAGUUUUCAAUGUCUUAGCUAAUCGAAAAAUGACCUUUUGUUAAUUUUAAAUAUUUUAUUUCUGUAAUGUGACAUUUCUGUUAUGCGAGUUGAACAUUUGAAAGUGUUGAAUUUUAUUCUCUAAAUACAUUUUAAAGAACCCAAA